AUGCCUGAUCAAAGCCGACACGUCGUUAUCGUGGGUGGUGGUAUUAUUGGCGCUAGUAUCGCCUACUUCAUGAGCAGGCGUUCAGACUGCCCGAAGGUGACUUUGCUGGAAUCGAGCAAGACACUGGCACCUGGAGCGUCAGGCAAAGCAGGCGGCUUUUUGGCACUCGACUGGCAUGGCACUUCCACGGCAAGUCUGGCUGCAUUGAGUUUUGAGCUGCACCGUGAGCUGGCCGAAAAAGAGAACGGUGCCGAACGCUGGGGUUACCGUUUUGUCGAAACGCACCAACUGAGUUUGGAUACAUCUCGCAAGGCACGUCAUCGUCCCAAGAUUGACUGGCUCAACCCAGAUGUAUUCAUUUCGACUAGCCUUAUAGGUGGUGGUGGGUCAACGGCGCAGGUCACACCCGGUCCUUUGACGGAGUUUUUGUGUGAACGUGCGCAAGAAGCGGGUGUGCAGAUUCAUUUGCAGACCAAGGCAACGGGCCUAGACUUGACGGAAGAUGGUAAGGUUCGAGGCGUCAAGAUCCAGCAGGCAGGUGAAGACAAGGUGCUGCCUGCCACCGAUGUAAUCGUGGCCGCUGGUCCAUGGACGGGCAAACUACUCAAGUCGUGGUUCCCAUCUGACAAGAUGCCGCAAUUCCUGCGUUCGGCCUCGAUGAUUGAAGGAAGUCGCUCGCACAGUGUCUUGGUUCAGGCGGCCAAGAAGCAUCAGCUCUCAGCUGAUUGCUUCUUCUCAGAGAUGCGUUAUGGCAGCUCGGCUGGUGCGCCUGAAUUUUACAUCCGCCCCAAAGGCCGGGCGUACGUAUCGGGUGGCUCGGACGAUGCGCCCGUUCCUGAACUGGCAGACGAUGUGACCUUCGAUCCUAGGCGCACGGCUGAACUUCAGAAGCAGCUGGCUGUCCUGAGUCCUGAGUAUCUGGACGUGAACCGCGGUGCUGAGCUUUUGGCGGAACAAGCGUGUUACUUGCCCAUCUCACCGCGCACAGCCGCGCCAAUUUUGGGCGGCUCGGCUGAGCAGGGCAUCUAUGUGGCUGCGGGACAUGCUGUGUGGGGUAUCAGCAACAGUCUGGGCACUGGCAAAGUUAUGUCUGAGCUGCUCUUGGACGGAAAGGCGCACUCGGCGAAUAUUCAGCAAUUGCGCCCAUGA